AUGAUAUUUAAGUACUUGUGUACAAAAAUAUCAUCCCAUUAUUGCCAUCGACUUACAGGUUUCCAAGCUGAUGUGCAGAAAUCUUCUGAAAAAGCUGACCUAGCACUGAGGACAGUACCAAGCAUUGAACAAGAAAUCGAAAAUGCCGAGCAAUUGAUAAGACAAGCAGGAGAGGCUUUAAUGGGUGCUAAUAAAAAUGCGCUCGAGGCAAAAACCAACGCACAGCAGGCACAAGAGAAGUAUGCCGAGCAGGCUUCAAAGACAUUUUGCAAUUUUCUCUUCAGGAU